UCAGCUGAGGGAGGAACUCGACAACAGAAAGUCAACCAGGAAGCUGCGGCUGCUAAACUCACCACCGUACCCCGGUUAGACGGCUAAACGGCGCUUUUAACGAUAAGAACACGACGGUAUACCAGUACAGGAAUUGUGUUUUAUUAAUUAGGCUGAUACAGAGCAGCGACAUGAGUUCCCUUUUCAAGAAGAAGACUGUCGACGAUAUAAUCAAGGAGCAGUCGAAAGAGAUGCGUACCACUCAGAGGCAGAUUGCCAGAGACAGAACGGCGCUGGAGAAACAAGAGAAGCAAUUGGAGGCGGAGAUUAAGAGAAUGGCCAAGAGCGGAAACCGUGAGGCAUGUAAGAUUCUUGCUAAGCAGUUGGUGCAGCUUAGGAAGCAGAAGAACCGGACAUACACUGUCAGCUCCAAGGUUACCUCCAUGAAUAUGCAAACCAAAGUCAUGAACUCCCAAAUGAAGAUGGCUGGUGCCAUGUCUUCCACAGCCAAGACAAUGCAAGCCGUGAACAAAAAGAUGGAUCCACAGAAGACGCUGAAGACGAUGCAGGACUUCCAGAAAGAGAACAUGAAGAUGGGCAUGACCGAGGACAUGAUUAAUGACACUUUGGAUGAGAUCUUUGACGAGUCUGGGGAUGAAGAGGAAUCUCAGGACAUUGUCAACCAGGUCCUGGAUGAGAUUGGCAUUGAGAUCUCAGGGAAGAUGGUGAGAGCUCCAGCUGCAGGAAAGAGUGAGCCUAGCGCCGCCUCCUCCUCUAAGCAAGCUACUAUCUCUGAUGACGAGAUCGAGAGACAGCUCCGAGCUCUGGGAGUGGACUAACUGUCUUCCUUGUAUUCAUGUUCACAUUGCGAACCAGUGCAACCUUAACAUUGAUUGAUACAGACUCUGUUAGAUACACUGGUUUGGUCAAGGCUCAAAAACUCCAGGUGAAACAACACACACAUUCAAAGGCAUGCAGGCAGACUGAUGUGUAUUAACACGUACAUAUUCUCACAUUCUUCUGCAAGUUGCCUUACAGAUCAUGAGGGCAGAACAGCUGAUUAUAUUUACGCUAAAAAUUUAAUAUUUAUUAUGACAUUAGAGAGCCCACAACUUGAAGGUGGAUCAACAAUUAAUGCUUGACCCGAAGAACCACCUACACUGUUGUUUACCACCUGUCUGUCUUCAUAAGGGCUACAAACGUAUAUGUGAUCUUGGAAUUGGCUUUUCCUUUCUGACGUUUUGGUCAAUCUUGAGUUAGUCCUAAAAUCUAUCAGCUUUUACGUGAUUAAAGAUGGGUGCGAGUUUUCAUGAAUACAACAUGGUAAUUAAAAAGAGCUUCGGGGUUGUCAAUAAGCAGAUGGAACUUGUAUUUUUCCUACCUUUUACCUGCUAUCUUCUUUGCCAUUGGUUAAUCUAAAACCCACCUAAUUUGCUUUCUUUGAGGCACACCAUCCUUGUUCAGGCAAAUUGUUUGCAGUGUUUUGCCGGUGAAUUGCCUCUGUUUGAGUUUUCUGUCAUCCUGGGGAAUCGACGACACUAUCACGUACCCUAUCACUGUCACCAAACAAAUGAAACAACUGGUCAACUAGCAAAUUAAUUACCAUGUUUUCAAAAUCUGUAGAUAUGCUACCAGAGAUACCGGACAGAGAUAUGUGCAUGUGAAAUGUGUGACUGACAUCGAUGCCUUCAGGCGAUAGUAAGGCCUUCACAUUACUUGCAUGAAAUGGUGAGACAUUGCUCUGAGGGCAGACCAGCUAGCACUUCAUUAGUGCCACUCAAGUUGUGAUGCUGUACAGACUGUGCAAACAAACUUAAACAGAAAUUAGGACUAAUGAAAGACUGGCAUAUCAAUGAGGUUUGAAUCGAUUGUCUGACGCUACUGAGUAAUCAGAUGAGUUUUGCGGCUUCUCGGUUGAUGUUUGAUUUACACAGCGAUUGUGGGAUGGCACUGGUCCUGCAGUUCCUCUUCUGUUUCAGCUGCUGUGCAGUUACUGUCAUUUGUUAUUUUAAGCUGCCUCACUCAAAAAAAAAAAAACACUCACACAACUCCAACACAGUGAUGGAAAGGUUUCCUAAAAUGACACUGUGAUUUAAGAGGUGCAUUCUUUUCUCCAGGGCUGAAGUUGACUUUUCUCUACAGUGAUUUGUUAGUCAGCCGGCUCCAGGCAUCAUGAGAGUGAUGGCAGCAUCCUCUCAUAGUAAUGUUGUCAUUCUCUCUCUAUGGCCUUUUGUUUCCUUAUCAAUCCACUUUGCCAAAACAAAAACAAAAUGUCUCAUUCUUGCAUGUGUCUGACAUGUACAAUUCAUAAUUCAUUGAACUUUUGCAAAUCAUUCAUUCCUCUAUCUUUUAGCAGUCUAUUGUAAUUAUGAGCAGAAUCAAUGUUUUAACAGAUUUUGACAUCGAGUGCAAUUUAAAAGGUGUAUGUAAGCUCAUUUUUGUUUCCUUUUUAGUCAUUAUAAAGUGACUCUGUCAAGGGUUAUGACUUUUAUAAGGAAUAAAGUUUCUUCAGGUACAACUUA